CACCCAUCAAAGAAUUCACCACCCUUUUUCUUUCUCUUCUUCUCUUUUUUCCCCCACAUAUUAUUUUUUUCCUCCUCUGUAAUUGCCAAGGCUCUGUGCUGUUUUUGUAGAGAGAGGUAGAUAGUCAUAGAGAGACCCCAGAAAAAAAUAAAGAGAGAGAAUAGAGUCCUAUGCUGGGGGACUCAGCAGUGUUGGGAACAGGAGGAGGAGGCUCUGGAGAUGCAGCCACAGCAAUUUCUGCUGUGGCUGCAUCAGGAAGAGCUAGCGAUAGUGGUGGUGGUGACAACAACAACGGUGACAGAUCAAAUUCUGGAGAUGAUGAAAGGGGAAGAGUUGAGGAAGGUGACAGGAGCUUUGGUGGAAACAGGUGGCCGAGGCAAGAGACUCUGGCUUUGUUGAAGAUAAGGUCAGAUAUGGACGUGGCUUUUAGAGAUGCAAGUGUAAAGGGUCCCUUGUGGGAAGAGGUUUCUAGGAAACUGGCAGAGCUUGGCUACCACAGAAAUGCCAAGAAGUGCAAAGAGAAAUUCGAGAAUGUUUACAAGUACCACAAGAGAACCAAAGAAGGGCGUAGUGGGAAAUCAGAAGGCAAAACUUAUCGCUUCUUUGAUCAAUUACAAGCCCUUGAAAACAACCCUGCAAUUCAAUCCCCAACACCAUCUUCAAAGCCACCAUCACAAACAACAACACCACUUCCAGCAACACCAGUUUCAAUAGUGGUCACAACUACACCAUCAUCAAUAAUGCCACCACUGCCUUUGCCACCAGUGUCCAAUAACACCACUGUUCCAUCAACAACCACACUCCCUAUGCCUCAAGCCAUUCUCAACAUAGCACCAUCACCAGCACUAAACAUCACAACCCCUUCCUACCCUUCAUCAAACCCUACAUAUUUCCCACCACAAACACCAAACCCUACCAGUAACAACAACAAUAACAACGCUCCCAACACCAUCACCCCUCCCUCCUUCCCCACUAUCCCAAUGGAGCUCUUAUCGAAUUCGAGUUCUUCCUCGACUUCAUCAGAGGGAACGAUGGAGGGAGGGGGAGCGAGGAGGAAGAGGAAGAGAAAGUGGAAGGACUUCUUUGAGAGGCUGAUGAAGGAAGUCAUAGAGAAGCAGGAGGAGCUGCAAAGGAGGUUCUUGGAAGCCAUUGAGAAGAGGGAGCAAGAGCGAGUGGUGAGGGAAGACGCAUGGAGAAUGCAAGAGAUGCAAAGGAUCAACAGGGAAAGGGAGAUUCUAGCACAAGAGAGGUCCAUUGCUGCAGCAAAAGACGCUGCUGUUAUGACAUUUUUGCAAAAGAUAGCCGAACAUCAGCAACAAGAAAUUAACCUUGAUGCCGCAUUGAAUAACAGCAACACUAUUGCUCCACAGCAACCAGUGCCACAAGCAACUACAACACCAACAGCAACAACACCACAGCAAACACAAACAACAACAGUUCCUGAGGCCCCACCAGUGCAGCCCUUGGCCCUACAACCACAGCCACAACAUCAGGUGCAGCAGCAACAACAACUAGUGGUGGCUAAUGUUGAAAGCAAUAAAGCUGAUAACAACGGGGAGAAUUUGAUGAUUGGGGCUAGCUCUUCAAGGUGGCCAAAAGUUGAGGUAGAAGCAUUGAUAAACCUGAGGACUACCCUCGACACAAAGUAUCAAGAAAGUGGACCAAAAGGGCCAUUGUGGGAGGAGAUCUCAGCCUUGAUGAGGAAAAUGGGGUACAACAGGAAGGCCAAAAGGUGCAAAGAGAAGUGGGAGAACAUCAACAAGUACUUCAAGAAAGUCAAGGAAAGCAACAAGAAGAGGCCUGAAGACUCCAAGACCUGUCCCUAUUUUCACCAAUUGGAUGCUCUAUACAGGGAGAAGAACAAAGUAGAGGGCCAAAUGAAGCCUGAAAGCACCAUGACGCCACUUAUGGUGCUCCCAGAGCAACAAUGGCCUCCUCAACAGCAUGUGGUGCCACCUGAAGUGACCAUGGGAGACGCUCAGAAUGAUCCCAUGGACCGGCAGCACCACGAGGAUGAGGAGGAAGACGAUGACAAGGAAAUUGGAGAUGAAGAUGAAGAUGAAGACGAGGAAGGAGGUGGUAAUUAUGAGAUAGUAGCAAGCAAGCCAGCUUCAGCUGGUGGUGAUAAUUCUGCUGAGUGAGAUGAACAAAUAUUGACCAUAAGGUGCAUCAAUUGGAGUAUGGUGGGUCAAAAAGGGUGCACGGGGUUGUCGGAAAAUAGUGAUGUGGUGGUGGUGGUGGAUGUGGAUGGUGAUGGGGUUGCAUUGAAGAUUUUGAAAUGCACGUACUUCAGAAUGACACAUGGGUAUAGGGGUAGCCAGUAGGGUGGGGGAAUCUGGGUUGGAAGUACUUGGUACAAUAGCAGCAUAUAGUCAGUAAGAUUAUAUGUUUUUUUGUUUUGAGAAAAGAAAUAAUUAAUUAUUUUUUGAGCUAAAUUAAUAAGUUGAUUAAGGAGAUGGGAGGUUAAGAUCAUAAAGGUUCAGACUCUAGAGGUUAAACAGCAUAAAUGAAUAAACAAGAAAGCUUGAUUAAUGUUAUUGUACUAGUUUUUUUUUUUUUUUUCCUUUUGUAAUUUCCAUGUUCAUGUUGAUGUAAAUGGGAGAAACGAUUAAUUGGGGGGUUUGUCUAUUUUUUUUCUUUCGUUCAUUUUUCCUUUUCAAUUUUGUUACUCUUCAAAUGUUGUCAA